AUGGUGACAAUAUUAUUUAUGAAUUUUAAUUAUUAUGAAUUCACGACAAAUAUAAAUCAACGGAGAUUUUAUACAACAACAACUGCCACAAAUUCUACAAAGUUAUUGAGAUUUCAUGAUUUUGAACCGCGUAAUUAUGUGAAAAUCGAUACGGAUAUGAUGUUCUCACCAGAUGUGGAAAAAAAUCAAAUUUCCCGCAAACUCUCAUCAAAGGAGCGCAAAUCCCGAGGAUUUCAAUUUCAUGCCGAUGAAAAAGAUGUCAGCAUUGAAUUAGAAUUCAUUAUUCCAUUUCUACGUGUACCCAUCGAACGUAGUAUGUCGGUGGCAAAGACGGCUUUGAGAAGUCUAUUCAAUCUGAACGUCAGUUCAUUAUUGACAACGGGUGCAAUAGUGGCUGUCGGCGGUAUCUUCGCAAUACUAUUGAAAUUCCUAUUCACACCAUUUUUACCACCUGGUUAUCCUGUAUUUCGUAAAACAUCACGAAAUUCUGGAGAAUAUCCGCAAACAGUGUGGAAUACAUAUAAUAAUACCGAUGAAGGAGAUCGGCAGAACAUACUCUCAUUUGUCGAGACAAAAUUACAUGAACGGAAUAUCAAUUUGGGUACCUGCAUGCAAAAAUCCAUUUGUGAUUAUAUACAAAAAAGUUCUUAUGACCCAUCAGGGAGUAUUGGAAAAGUUAUUGAUGGAAUGUUAAGUCUGGAUUCAAUACGCAACAUAUUGAGCGGAACUGCUGUAAAUAGUGCCGUCGAUGCGGCUAGAAAUGGUGAAGAUUGCA